AAAUCUUUAAAACGUUAAAGAUUGGGGCAGUUGUACUCACUUAAUUGUCUCGAUAAUAUAGCUUUGGUGUUUAUCUGGUGGGUGAAUGUAGUUUGGAGUGUGAAAUGGUUCUCACUGUCUAAAAAAGGAGUGGAUUUAGUGAUCCUUUAAUUGGAUUAGGACAGGUCUUUCCGUCUCUUUAAAGUCAUUCCGUUUGCAGACACACACAUAGUCAGCUGUUUACGUUUUCCACUUUCCUCGUGUUUGUUUUAAUAGAGAGGUUAAGAAAGUUAACUAACAAGUUUCAGAAUGACUUUGUUCAUUCUGCUUACUUUCAUUUGGUGGGCAAAUACAGGUCAUGUCCAUGGAAGCCAUUCAGCCAACAUCACUGCAAUCCUGGACCGACUGCUGGACGGCUACGACAACAGACUGCGUCCCGGCUCUGGCGGAGGGAUAACUGAGGUGAAGACGGACUUCUUCGUCACCAGCUUCGGACCGGUUUCAGAUGUUGAGAUGGAUUUCACCAUGGACAUGUUCUUCCGGCAAAUGUGGGUGGACGAGAGGCUGAAGUUCGAAGGGCCAACCGAAAUCCUGCGUCUUAACAACCGAAUGGUGGACAAGAUUUGGACCCCAGACACUUUCUUCCGCAACUCCAAGAAAUCCCUGGCCCACAACAUGACAACCCCUAAUAAAAUGUUCCGCAUCAUGCAGAAUGGAACUGUGCUCUACACCAUGAAGCUGACUGUCAUCGGAGACUGUCCGAUGCAGCUCAUGGACUUCCCAAUGGACGGCCACACCUGUCCUCUCCGGUUCGGGAGCUAUGCCUACACCAACCGUGAGAUCGUGUUCACCUGGAGGAAGGGCCCCAUCGACUCAGUGGACUGUCCCAAGGAGUCCAUGAGCCUGCUGCAGUACGACCUGGUGGGCCAGUCGCUGUCCAGCACUAUCUUCAAGUCCAACACCGGUCACUACUCGGUGAUGGUCGUCCACUUCCUCCUCCAGAGGAAGCUGGGCUACUACCUGAUCCAGACCUACAUCCCCCUCAUCAUGGUGGUGGUGCUGUCGCAGGUGUCCUUCUGGAUCAACAAGGAGUCUGUUCCAGCCCGCACCGUCGCUGGCAUCACCACCGUCCUCACCAUGACAACGCUGAGCAUCAGCGCCCGCCAGUCGCUGCCCAAGGUGGCCUACGCCACCGCCAUGGACUGGUUCAUCGCCGUGUGCUUCGCCUUCGUGGCGUCCGCGCUCAUCGAGUUUGCGGCGGUCAACUACUUCGCCACGCUGCAGGCGCACCGUCUGAAGAAGCAGAAGGCCAAGCUGCACGAGAUGGAGAUGAUCGCCGAGGAGGACGAGGACGAGGCUUUGCCGGACGGCUUCCCCCGGGGGACCCUGAAGAGGAGGAACCACUCCAUGGCCCCCAGUGAGGGGAACACCGUGCCCAUCUUCCUCCAGCAGGGCUCCGCAGUGCCGGCCAACCCCCAGCUGGCCGGGACCAGCCCCAUCGACCAGUACUCCCGCGUCCUCUUCCCCCUCACCUUCGCCCUGUUCAACAUCGUCUACUGGUCCAUGUACCUGUCCAAGGACACCAUGGAGAAGCCCAGAGACAUGAAUUCACCGUCCUCUUAGACGAAGAGCACCCCAUGGGCAUGUGACGGUGGAGGGACGGCGUCUGUUCCAUCGCCAUCGCUCUUUCUCUCCAUCGCUCUUUCUCUCCAUCGCUCUUUCUCUCCAUCGCUCUCGCUUUUUCUCUCUCUGUGACUUUCUGUCUUUCUCCCUCUUUCCUUCCCUCUCUCCCUCUCUCCCUCUCCCCCUUUUCUCUUUCUCCCUCUCUCCCUUCUCCCUUUUCCCUCUCCCUCUCUCCCUCUCUCCCUCUCUCCCUUCUCCCUUUUCCCUCUCUCCCUCUCCCCCUCUCCCCCUCUCCCCCUCUCCCUCUCUCCCUCUCUCCCUUCUCCCUCUCUCCCACUCUGAACAAGCACUUAGCAUUUGUUCUGCACUCAUCCAACAGAGGAAAUGAAUCAGAAAGUAAUUUAUUUCCACAUCUCGUAUCUGUUCACGCCACAGAGUGUGACCACGGCCCGCUUGUGGUCCAAUCAGCGACUAGAAAGCUGAGCGCCAUGAGAGGCUGAUGCCUGGCGUGUAAAUGUAUACGUAUAUAUAUAUAUAUAUAUAAUAUACUUUAGAAGUAGACCUAAAGAGGCCGUCUCACCAUGGGUAGGGUGGCCAACGCACACACACACACUCGCACACACUCGUACACACAAACACACACACGCACGCACACAUGCACGCACGCACACAGAAACGUAUACAUGUGACUAAACUCAAGCGCAAGCCUAGAAAAACCUCAAAAAAGGAGGUGGAUGAUAUAAUCUAUGAUGGCUGGCACUGCUGGUGACGCAACAGUGAACCAAUGCUUUCAGAAGCCUGCCCUCUACAGAGACACAGCUCCCACUACAGCGAGAUCAAAGGCAACUUACAGAAGGCUCGCAUCUCCUUGCGGCUUUUAAAAUAUGUACUCAACCUGAGAGAAGAAGGAACGCUGGGAUGAGGAUGAUGUUGCACAUACCCUGCGCCACCCCGGGUGGGGAGUUCCAGAGCCCGCCUUUGGAAAGCAGUAAAAAGGGUUUUGAAACCUUUCGCCCAAAGGGAAAUGGUUUCCCCAGUUUGUUUGUGGUGUUUUUUUAAUUGUCGUUUUUUUUUUUUUUGUAAAAAAAUCAUUUGUAAAACUUGAAUUUCUAUAUUUCAUGACUUUAAAUAAAACAUAUCCCAACAGUA